AUGAGUUUGUGGGUCGAUAAGCAUCGUCCAAAGGAUCUAAUGAAAUUAGAUUACCACAAAGAACAGGCCGGGCGGUUGAAAAAUCUAGUGCAACAAAGUGACUUCCCUCAUCUGCUUGUUUACGGUCCGUCUGGUGCCGGUAAAAAAACUCGAAUAAUGUGUUUGUUGCGAGAAUUAUAUGGGUCAGGUGUGGAACGGCUCAGACAAGAGACAAUGAAUUUCACCACUCCUUCAAAUAAAAAAAUUGAAAUAAUGACUGUGAGUAGCAACUAUCAUAUUGAGGUUAAUCCGACCGACGUUGGUAUACACGACCGUGUUGUUAUCAUGGAUUUAGUGAAAAACGUAGCUCAAACACAUCAAAUUGACUCAUCAGGACAAAGAGAAUUCAAAGUUGUUAUCUUAAACGAAGUAGAUGAUCUUACGAAAGACGCUCAACACGCUUUACGACGCACAAUGGAAAAAUAUGUAGCAACUUGUCGUUUAAUUUUAAUAGCCAAUUCAAUAUCUAGAGUUAUUCCUGCUAUAAGGUCGCGUUGUUUGACCAUUCGUGUUCCCGCUCCAACAGAAAACGAGAUUGCAUCUGUUCUUCAUGUAGUUUGUAAGAAAGAAGGCUUGAAUUUACCAUCUGAAUUAGCGAUGCGAAUAGCAAAAUGCUCAGGCAGGAAUUUGCGGCGUGCUCUUUUAAUGUGUGAAGCUUGUAAAGUUCAACAAUAUCCAUUUACAUCUGAUCAGAAAGUACCAGAGCCUGAUUGGCAGUUGUUUAUCAAAGAGACAGCUUCUAUGAUAUUGUCAGAGCAAUCUCCCAAGAAACUUGGUGAGGUAAGGCAGAAAUUGUAUGAACUAAUUAUUCAUGGGGUGCCUCCAGAUGUAGUCUUUUCUGGUUUAUUAUGUGAGCUGGUCAAGAACUGUGAUAUGGCAAUGAAAUGCCAAGUAGCCAGUCAUGCAGCCACAUAUGAACACAGAAUGAGGCUUGGAAAUAAAGCUAUCUUUCAUUUAGAAGCAUUUGUUGCAAAAUUCAUGGCCAUUUACAAAAAGUUUAUGGAAGAAUCACUUGGUGAUGUCUUUUGA